CCGCAGGGCACCAUGAACUGCCUCCGAAAUGAGCCCCAACUCAGCAGAUCCGAGGAGCUGCGGCGCCUCGAGAGGAGCCAGGAGGUGAUAGAAAUGAACGAGGAGAUCUUAGGUAUGGAGGGCGAUCCGGACCUCCAGUUCCUCCUGCAGGGGGGAGACCUCCUCAAGGUCCUCUCCCCGUCCUGGAAGAAGACCCGCUACUUCAGACUCAUGGAGGACUGCAAGACCAUCUGGCGCGAAUCGAAGAGAACCUUCAAGUCCAGCCAGACGUUCUCACUCGAUGACAUCGCAGCGGUGCGGAUGGGCCGUCACUCCGAGGGCCUGAAGAAGAACACGGAGGCGCAGGUGGAGGGCCGCUGCUUCUCCAUCAUGUUCAAGGGCCACCACAAGAACCUGGACCUCAUCGCCAGCUCGGAGGAGGAAGCCAAGCAGUGGGUCAACAGCCUGAAGAAGAUGGUCUCCAAAUUAAACAACCUCAACCCCCAGCAGAAGACAGAGCAUUGGAUCUACACCUGCCUGAUGAAAGCAGACAAAAACAAGGAUGACAAGCUGACUAAGUCGGAGGUCAAGAACUUCCUGCGUCUCAUCAACAUCGAGGUGGAGGACGAAUACAUGGACAUGCUCUUCAAGGUGAUGCCCUCAGAGCUUUUUAAUGAGUCCUAA